AUGAAGGGUUUGGUUAGAAUAAGAUUGGCAAGAUUUGGUAGAACCAACAAUCCAAAAUAUAACAUCGUAGUAGCAAAUGCAGCAAAGGCAAGGGAUAGAAAACCUAUUGAGGUAUUAGGCACUUAUGAUCCAAUUCCAAACCCAAGAACAAUAAAACAAAUUAAGAAUAAUGUCCCACCAGUCAAAGAAAUUCAUUUGGAUUUUGAAAAGGCCAAAUAUUGGAUUGGUGUUGGCGCUCAGCCUAGCGACGUUGUUACCAAAUUGUUUAUUAAGUCGGGUAUCUUAACACCUGAAUUUGCUAGAUUCAAGAAAUUUGGAAAUUUUGAAAGGGAAGUUAUUGCUCCAGCUAAACAAGUUAAUAAAUGA